AUGCCCUAUGCGAAUCAACCAAAUAUCACGAUAACAUCAUUGAACGAUGAGGUUGUGAAAUUUAUUCUCGAAGAUACGGAUUUAAGUGUUGCGAAUUCAUUGCGGCGCAUAUUUAUUGCUGAAGUGCCAACAAUUGCGAUUGAUUGGGUUCAGAUCGAUUGCAAUACAAGUGUUCUUCAUGAUGAAUUCAUAGCUCAUCGUCUUGGCUUAAUUCCAUUAAUCUCAGAUUCGGUGGUUGAUCGUUUGCAGUUUUCACGCGAUUGUUCAUGCUUAGAAUUUUGUCAAGAAUGCGCUAUCGAAAUGCGUUUACAUGUUCGUUGUGAUGAUGAAUCAACUCGUGCCGUAACAACAGCAGAUUUGAUAUCAUCUACUCCUGGAGUAUCACCAGCCUGUGGAAUUGCCUAUCGUGAAAUCAACUCAGGAGAGAUUAGUAAUGAGGAGGUUUUGAUUGUGAAAUUGAGGAAAGGCCAAGAAGUCGACAUGAAAUGUGUCGCUAAAAAGGAACAUGCGAAGUGGAAUCCUACUUGUGGUGUCGCUUUCGAAUAUGAUCCCGAAAAUGCACUUAGGCAUACAGUUUUAGCAAAACCUGAGGAAUGGCCCAAGAGUGAAAAUUCCCAACUGGAGGAGGAUGAAUAUGAAGCCCCAUAUGAUCCCAUGGCGAAACCUAAUAAAUUUUGGUUUAGCGUUGAAUCUACUGGAGCAUUGAAGGCCGAAAAUAUUGUUCUGAGUGGAGUUGCAGUAUUAAAAAAGAAACUUGCUGAUUUACAGAAUCAGUUGCAACGGGAAAUUCUUCAACAGCCAUCUGCAUUUCAUUGA